CAAACGGGUUGAUGGCUGGCGGAGGAAGGUUUCAUGAUCCCUGAAGGAGUCCUGAGAAGAACCCGGAGCUGGGUUGAGCCAAAUUUCCUCAAGGAAAUCUGUGAACUCUGGUGAUUGUGAAUAGCGAUAUAAAAGGUGGUAAACACUGCGUGUCAAGUAGAGAGCUGGAACAGGAAAGCCACCUUGGCAAGGGAAAGAAGGAGCUUGUUUCCCCACUCACCCCAAAAUACUUAUCCUUUACUCUUCUUAGUGGACGAAGGAGUGCAGAGACUCGCUGGAUUCCCCAGUGGCACAGACUGACUUCGCCAUGUCCACCAGCAGUUGCAGUUUUGCAGACAGGUGUGUCUCUGUCUUGUGCUGCAAGUUCUGUCAACAAGUGCUAAGUUCUCGAGGCAUGAAAGCUGUCCUCCUGGCUGAUACAGAAACAGACCUCUACUCCACAGACAUUCCUCCAACCAGUACUGUGGACUUCAUUGGAAACUGCUAUUUUACAGAAAUCUGCAAAUGUAAACUAAAGAAUGUUGCCUGUUUGAAAUGUGGUAAUGUGGUAGGUUACCAUGUGAUUGCUCCAUGCAAACCUUGCUUGCUCGCCUGCAACAAUGGACACUUCUGGAUGUUUCACAGCCAGGCUGUUUUGGGAAUCAACCGGCUGAAUUCCUCUGGUACAAACUUUCUGCUUUGGGGAAACUUGCCAGAUUUAGAAGAAAGUGCAGAUGAGGACUUGUCCAGCACCUCUGAAGAAGAAUACAUCAGAUAAAUCUUAUCAACAAUGUGUCUUUCACAUUCCUAAGCUGUGCAGAUCCCAGCAGGGCAGUGCAAAAAGAGAGGGGAAAGACUUCAAAGUAGUAAUACCUGUUGACUUUAGACUGUCUGAUCUAGUAAGCAUCCUGCUGUAAGGCAUACCUAAUAUGUGAAGGUUAAAAAUGCAGUCUUUUUCUUUGUUCAUUUUCUGAAGAGAUACCUGCCAUCAGUAUGCAUAUCUAGCUUUUGCAACCGCUUGCGACCUGCUUGCUAUUGCCUCUUUUCUAAAGGACAGCACUGUUACAGACAAGAUCAAGGAAUGAAGCUCCACAUUACUAUCACACUAAGAAAGAUCUGGUGGCAGCAGAAAGAAAAAUCCUGUGGUGUUUGAUGUAUGGUGUGUUAUCACUUGGCCUGCCUGACCUCCUUUAUUCUGAACAGCUGACUGGCCAGGGGCUAUGCGUGGCCUCCCUUUAGGGGCCACAGUUAAUUCGACCUCAUGGUAAGCCACCAGUGAAUACUGCCUCUAUGCUGUUGGCAGCCUUCCAGAAUCUUGUAUUUGGAUGCUAUAUGAAAGAAUGGUGUUUGGGGUUCUCUUAAAUCUAGCUCUUUCUGCAUAUGAUGUACAAGAGUAGCAUACUUCUUAGUUUUGCUAAAAGGUUAGCUUUCGAGGAAACCUACUAAAUAGAUUUUCUCUGCCAGGAAACAUGAAGCCAACAAGUGUGAGGACAUAGCCUGGGAACUGGCAUGCUUCCCUGUUCCUAAUGGAAAGAGAAGGUGUAAAGGAAGAACAGCAUAAGAGUUUGGAACUUCUGCUUCUACAUCACUGGGUGCACAUGAUCAUGAAACAAGAGGCUAAAAUAAUAAUGUCCAAGUGAUGGCAUUGAUAACUAAGUUUGCCAAUUUUUUCCAGUUUAUGAGAAGAGACUAGCAGCAGGCAUGACACUGGAGGAGAAUGUAGCAAAUGCCUGGCCAGAUUCAAUAAAACUUUCCUUCUGGCUUCCAUGCUGCUGGCAAAGAAUAUUAGCUGGUGGCACAGUGCCUUUUGGAAAGAAGGCAGACAGGCAUGGCUUGAACUGAAUUUUGUCAGUAGUGUGCUAAAAUCAAAAACAGCAGCAAGGUUGCUGCAUAUAGAAUAGUUUACUUUUCUCAGAUUGAUGAAGUGUAAUCUGGAGUGUGUGUGUGUG